CAUCACUCAUCUAUAAGAGAAAUCGCAGCCUGCGAAUAUUCUCACUUUCUGACAAUGGCAAGCAAGUUGUUGUGCGCGUUCUUGGCCGCCCUCUGCGCCGCCCAGGUGAUGGCCUCGCCGCUUCACCUGGCGGCUCACCCUUCGGCCAACCACAAAGGUCUGAUUGCAGACAUCAACGCCGCAAUUGAAGCCGUCAACGCACUCCAGGAUUCGAUCGGCGCUCUGAAAGAUCAGAUCAACAGGACCAUCACCGUUAUCACUGUUGACACACCCGCCCAGAUCAAAAACAUUUUGCAGAAGCUGCAGGAUCUCGGAAUCAGCACUGAGGAGCUUCUCGCCGCAGAAGCUGCCAUCAACCAGUCGUUGAGCAAUGUUGAGGCCGUCUUCACUGGAAUUGUGGCCGAUCUGGAAAAUAUCCUGACUCUCACCGGCCAGAUCCUCUCCGACCUUGGUAGCUUCAAUCUCAUCCAGUUGGCCCAGCACAUUUUGGACCUUGAUGCUGCCUUUACCAAGCUGCAGGAGGAUGCAAGCACCGUCCUUAGCCGCGUCUCCGCUGAGUUCACCACUAUCUUCAAUACUAUCAUCGACUUGACCAUUGGCGAGCCUGUUGAAAUUGUUCAGCAAAUCACACAGGACAUUCUCCUAAUCGGAGAGACCUGGCAGGCCGAGGGAACUAAGCUGUGGACCGCUUUCACCACCGUCAUCGAUGCUGCUGCCGCUGCUCUUGACGCGCUCUGGAAUAUUGUGUCUUCCGAUGAGCCAACUACCACCGUCACCCCCAAAUUGCUUAUCUCACAUUAAAGUAUUUGCUCUAAUAAAAAUUUGGCAUCAAUUAUCA